AUGAAAUUAUCAGUUGAUUUGCUUUUAAAGCCCUUCCAGCACUUGAUUAAAACUAUAAUUGAUUUGUUUUUUGAUUUGUUAGGAUUUGCUGUGUCAGGAGGAUGUGAUAGUAUGGCACUUUGUUUAUUAUUUCAAAAUAUGGCAGAUAGAGUAUAUACCUUUACAGUAGAUCAUCAAUUACGACCUAAAAGCAGAGAAGAAGCUGAAGAAGUCCAUAAGAAAAUGAUCCAGAUGGGAUUUCAACAUAAAAUAUUGACAAUUGACUGGAAAAAAGAUAAAUAUUUAAAAGGUUCAUUAGAAGCUCUUCUACGUGACCAAAGAUAUACAGUUUUGACACAAGAAUGUUUAAAUCAUGAUAUAGGUGUACUUUUUUUAGGUCAUCAUUUGAAUGAUCAAGUAGAAACAGUAUUGAUGAGACUCAUAAGAAAGAGUGGAUCAAGUGGAUUAGCUUGUAUGCAAAAGAUUUCAUUGAAUCCUAUGAUAGGAAGAGUAAAAGAUUCUGAAAAAAUAUUGAUUUGCCGACCUUUUCUUGAUAUUCCUAAAAUUGCUUUAAAAAGUGCAUGUGAAAAAUAUGGGUUAAUAUUUUUUGAAGAUCCAACAAACACUUUAGUAAAUAUAUCAAAAAGAAAUGCUAUUCGAGUAUUGCUUCAAAAGCCUGAGCAAUUACCUAAAGCUUUAAGACCAGAUAGUAUGUUACAUUUGGCAAGAGUUAUGAGUUUGAAAAGGAUGGAGAUCGCUGAAAAAGUGAAACAAUUAUUAACCAGAACUCAUAUUACUUUUUCUGAGAUGACUGGAUCACUAAAUACUACUUGUGAUAUGAAUAUUUAUGAUGAAAAUAUUGCAACAUUGUCAAAAUGGCUUGAACAUCUUGUUUUUAUUGUUUCACCUUUACCUAGACAAAGGAUAUCUGUUGUUAGACGAAUAGUUGUUGAUUUAUUUGAGAAAAAACUUGUAAAAACAAAACAAUAUACGGUUGGUGGUGUUUUAAUACACACAACGCAUCAUUCCCAAACACUUUUUAUGCAAUUGAGUCGUCAACCUUAUGCAAAAAGUAUGAAAGAACAUUUUGUUGUAUUUCUUCAAUCAUCCAGUCUUUCAAAUCCUCAAAACACAUGGAUAUUAUGGGAUGGACGUUGGUGGAUUCGAAUUCUCUCAAGAAAUAAUGAAAUUAUACAGUUCAAAGUAAGACCUUUAAUGGAAUCAGAUAUGAAACAAUUGUAUUCAAUGAUUUACACUGCCAAUUCAUGUAAUAGAAAGAUAAUGUUAGAUUCUUUGAAAACAAUAAAAGAAUGCGUCAGAUUUGCUGUUCCACUUGUUGAAACUAAGACAAAAAUUAUUGGAUUGCCAACAUUGGGAAUAAUAUUUGAUUAUACUUUUAUUAUUGAAACAAAAUUUAAAAUAGAUAUGUCAACACAACUUAAUUGUAUAAGGUAA